AUGUGGACGGGCAGUACAUCGCUUGAGUUCACCAUGCUUACCGCCGAUGUAAUCGCGGAUAUUGUUUGCCAUGUGUUCGCUGAUCACAAGCAAGAGCUCCCGGUUCUCACCAGUCUUUACGCACACGGCUUUUUGUCUAUUGACACCGUCGAUGGCGUAUGUCUGAAAUGGUUGGCACUGACCCUCAAUGUCUUUGAUAUACGCCAUCCAUGUAUUGUUCUCCGCAUUCCGCUCCACAUCAAUGACAAGACCUGCCAUUUGAAUGACUUUUUGUGUGGCGCUAAGGGAUGCGACUCGAGCUGUCAUUUCUCCCAACCCUUGCAACACAAUCUUCUGAUCGCCGGCGCUGUUGAUAUCAAUGCAGAUAUCACUGAAAUUGAAUCCAAAUCCUUUGAGUUGUUCCACUCUAAGUCUCACCUCAUCCAUUGCCAACUGUCUGAACAAACCCUUGUCCGUCAGGUUGUCCAUCUUCCAGUCGUCGAUUACCUUUUCCUCUGCCAUUUAAAUCCUGAGCUAACUGUCCAAUUGAAAUGGCGUUCAAAUAAGUUUACAAUGUUCUGGAUGUUAUAUAAUAUACGAGGGUUUGAUUUGAAUCGAAACUUCCCCGACUAUUUCAAGUCCAAUAAUAAGGCCCAACAGCCUGAGACUCAGGUCGUACGGGAUUGGAUUGAUUCCGUGCCCUUUGUAUUGUCGGCUAAUCUUCAUGGAGGAGCUCUGGUCGCCUCCUAUCCCUACGAUAACACUCCCAAUUCAAUUUUAUCUCAAUUCACAUUACACUCGAGUGAAAGUCGGACUCCAGAUAACGAUGUGUUUAAGCAUUUGGCUCAUGUAUAUUCACUCAAUCACUUAACUAUG